AUUCGAGAAAAGUCCAGAUAAUGCUAAUAAAAAUAGUUUACUGGCUGUUUUCCCCUUUAUUAAUAAUUAUAAAUUUCUCUUUUUUUACAAUCCUUGACGAAAUUUAACCCCGACAUCUUACGUCACUAAUCUCGUGUCACGGAAGGAGGAAGCCCAAACAUAUUUCCAUUCUAGCCAGCAGCCAAUAAAUCCAACUUGCCGGCAAUGAACUCGGGAAAUGGCUUUGCCAACUUUGCCAAAAAGUUUAACGACUUUGGCAACCAGCUCGGCAACAACAUCAAGCGCGUAUUUAACGAUGACGACGAUAACGAAAAUGACAGCGUGAAUGGCCACUAUCAACAACAUGGUCAGCGCCAACAGCAGCAGCCGCCACCGUCAGCGUCGCAACGCAGGACGUACUCAUCCGACGACGUGCUUGGUUUGGAUGCCGAGGCAUUCCGUGAGGCGACAAUUGAGGGCAACGACGGCGGCGAGCUGGCCACGUACGUCAACGAGAAGCUGGUGUACGAGGCAGGCGUGGACCACGAAAGUCGCCCGAUGCUGGUAUUUGCCGCAUGCCGAAUGCUGAACCCCGACGUAGUCGACUAUGACAGGCUACUAAACCUCAUUCUGUUCCGGCUUGAGGACUUUGUCGAGAGCGACUACACGGUUGUUUUAUUUGCUGCCAACGCGCGAUACAAGCCUAACCUCAAGUGGCUGUUCACGGCGUACCGGCGGCUGAACCGCAAAUACAAAAAGAAUCUCAAGGCCCUGUACAUUGUGCACCCGUCAAAGUGGGUGCAGAUUCUGAUGACGGCGAUGAACGCAGUUCUGAGCCCAAAGUUUGCCAAAAAGGUGCAGUGGGUUGAUACGCUAUCUGAACUCGCGACCUCGCUGCCAAUCGACCAGAUAAACAUUCCGCCCGAGGUGUACCAGUACAACGCGACCAAGGAGGCUGAGAUCAAGCUGCCGGUUCAAAAGGCGCCUAUGAGCCGCUUCUUUGGCGUGCCGCUCGAGCAGCUCAUGGGAGUGCACGGCGAGCUCGGUCUCCCGGCGCCCGUAGCCGAUGCACUGGACUACCUGUACACGCAUGCGCUUGAGGUACAGGACCUGUUCCGCCGCUCACCGCCCUCAGCGACAUUGCAGAAGGUGCGCUCCCAAUAUGAGGCCAAGGGCGCCAUCUCGGUCACCUACGCUGUUUGGGGCGAACACGUUGCUGCAGCCAUUCUGAAAACCUGGUGCCGCGAGCUCCCACAUCCAAUCAUCCCAGCGCACUACUACGAGCUCGUCCGGGAGCUACCGGACCCUGUGACUCAGCCCGAGCAAGCUGUUGCCUACGCGCGCGACGUUGUGCUGCCGGCUCUGGCCGAUCCGCCGUGCGUGUCCCUGCUGCUUGCUGCACUGUUUGGACUGCUACGCGCUAUUGCUGAUCACUCGCGCACUAACAACAUGACUUCUGGUCGGCUCGCGGCAGCAUGGGCGCCAAACUUUGUGCACUCGUCGCAGCCGGACGUCGAUAUCACAAUGUGCUCGGUGACACGGUUCUCCGAGGCCCCUGCAGGCAGCGAGCCUAGACGCUCCACCGGUCACUUUAACGACGACAAUGAUACUGACGAAGAUGACGACGACGAAGAUGAUGAUGUCUUGGAUCUGGGUGAGCAGGACAAUGAGAACCGCCCCAAUGUUGUUACGCUGACUAAGCUGAUGAUUGACAACUACCAGGCUAUUUUUAAGCCUACGCUUGAGGCCGCCGAGGCUUUGACGAAGCGACAGGCUCCGAGGGUCAACAACACGGCGCCGCCGCCAAAGCCGCCGCGCAGAGCCCCAUCUGCAACAGUUGUCUCCACUGCUGCUACAUCUAUCGCAACAGCCGCUAUCCCGGCUGCUUCAGGCAUGGCUCCGCCGCUUGUGCAGGCCAGCGAUGAAGAUAUCGCUGCGCUAGUCCAGGAGCUCGGCACCACAGGUUUGGAGGCUGGUAACGAUGCGGUGGCGGCGGCCAGAAAGCCAGUGACAGUCGAGGAUAUCACCCGGCGCCUACAGGCCGAGCACGAUGCUGCAAGAGAAGUGUCUAACGCAAAGGUCAGCAGCGACGCAGCUUCUGAGGAAAUCGUCAUUAGCAAUUUUGUGUAAAGCAAUAGGCCAUUUAUAUUUUUCUUGUGAGUGCAAUGAGCGGGAUAUUCCGUUGGCGCAUACGUGCCAGGCCAUGGCUGCAUCGAACACUUUUUAUCUUUUUUAAUGGGCUGAUUCUAAUCUCUAUUUUUCAGCGGUCUGUAUCCGAAAAUACGCCCUGCAACUCCUUUUUUGCAAAGAUCUGCUGCUUGUAAUGGAUUGUAUAUAUCUUUUGCAUAUCACUUUCAGGACCACUGGACACGAGUGCCGUGCCAGGGGUUCCAAUUUGAUAUGGGCGAAGAAGAGCUCACCGGAACACUUACGUUCCGUAAUACUAGUCCAGGACAGCUGCCUCAACUACCACGCACAACGCAAUCCCCCACAUUCGGACACCAGCCCCACUGUCCCCUUGGUAGCUAUAAACGCAGCACCGCCACCCAUUGCAGGGGAAUUAUGAAUUACUCGUUUAAUAUGUGUUUUAUUGCUUUUAUAAUAAGAUUUGC